AUGGCGGACCGUUUGCCCAAAGAAUUGAUAGCUGAAAUCCUCACAAGACUACCGGUGAAAGCCCUUCUCAAGUUCAGGUGCGUUUGUAAAUCAUGGGGUUCUCUAAUUAGUAGCCCUAAAUUCAUCACUUCAAAGCUCAACCAAACAAUCCAUUUGAACAAAAUCAACAACACUGAUACACAUAUCAUUGGGCGUUACAUUAAUGCCAACGAAGAAGGAGGUGGAGAAGAAGGUCGUUAUUCAGUAAUUAUUUACGACGGCAGUUGUUUUAUAGAACUUGAAAACCCAAUUCUGUACUGUGCUUCUCAAUUGCACAUAUUUGGUUCUUGUAAUGGUUUGGUAUGUCUCAGUGAUAAUAUCUUUGAUUAUGUGUUUAAAAAGGUGAAUAAUUUAAUUUUGUGGAAUCCAAGUAUUAGAAAAUCUAUGAGGCUUCCAAUGUCCAGCAUUGGCAUUGAUUCACAUGGCCUGCGUGAGGUUGUUGAUGGGUAUGGCUUUGAUUCCAAAACUAAUGAUUAUAAGGUGGUUAGAAUUGCUUACAUUAACGAUUUUCCAGAUGCUGAGGUUGAGCUUUACUCGCUUAACAGAGGAUGUUGGAGAAGAAUUUAUGUUGUUGGUCCCCAUCAUCGUUUCACUUUUGCUCCACUUCCAUCUCAGGUUUUUGUCAAUGGGAUUGUCCAUUGGGUCGGAGGCGAUUUGGAUGCUGAUUAUGAUAUUUCAAUCUUGACCUUUGAUAUGAGCAGUGAGGUAUUCUGUAAGAUGAUGCCACCAGCAGCUCCACCACAUGGCUGGAUGCCAACACGUUUGGCUGUUUCGGUGCUUGGGGAGUCACUUUGUCUUGGCCAUUUUGAUUCCUUGGUUAGCAAAGUUUCAAUAUGGGUGAUGAAAGAAUACGGUGUUGUACAAUCUUGGUCCAAACUAUUCGCUUUUGAUGUGGAUGAAGGUUUCGGGCGAUUUCUUGGUUUCAGGAGGACCGGUGAUCUUCGUUUCUUUAAAAGAAAUGAUCGCAUGUUUUCAAUUAACCUAGAGUCUCAACAAGCCAAGGAUCUUGGAAUAUGGUUAUCUGGUAAUCCGGAAGCAUUUUACGCUGUUCCCCAUGUGGCGGAGAGCUUAGUAUUACUUUAG